GCCCUUUCGGUAAAGUUGUCUAAUACGAUUCCAAUUUCCAAUGAGAAUGAGUGAGACUCAUUUUGGCUCAUUUGCUGUGAUAUUUUGAAGAGACUUGUGCAUUUUUAGGCUUUUAAUAUAUAUAUUUUUUUGUUAUAUACGUUUGUUAUUCAUUUAGGUAUUGUUUUUGUGACAAGAAACGGAAUUCAGAGCUGGAUUCAUACAUAACACAAGUGCAAUUUAUUGGAUAUAAACUACAUAAAAUAAAUAUUUAUUAUAAUUUUGAAUCAGUGAACUCCUCUAAAGUGUAAAAAUGAGUGAUAUGAAUGCGUUGUUGAAGCAAGCUGCAAUGCAGAUAGGUGCUGGUGGAAGUGCAGGGUUUGUUGAAGUCCUGAUUAUGCAGCCUCUGGACCUUAUAAAAACUAGGCUGCAGUUGCAAGCCACAAAUAAGAACCUGCCAAGAACAGAUCCGCACUAUUACACUGGAAUAUUGGACUGUGUACAAAAAAUGUACAGGCAUGAAGGAUUAUCAUCAUUCUACAAGGGUAUAUUGCCUCCUAUUUUGGCCGAGACACCUAAACGAGCAGUGAAGUUUGUUUGCUUUGAACAAUACAAAAAACUUGGUAUGACAAUUCUUGGUACCAGUACAGCAACACCUUUAGUAUUUUCACUAGCUGGACUCGGAGCAGGUAUAACAGAAGGUAUAUUUGUAAACCCAUUUGAAGUAGUGAAAGUAACAUUAAUGGCUAACAAGGCCAGAGGCAAAGAGGUUCCAAGCACAUGGUCUGUUACUAGACAAAUUGUAAGAGAACAUGGGUUUGGCUCCAGAGGGUUAAGCAAGGGUCUGACUGCAACACUUGCCAGGAACGGUGUUUUCAAUAUGGUGUAUUUCGGAUUCUAUCAUAGUGUAAAAGAUAUGGUACCUGAGAACAAGGUACCAAUCCUAGACUUCUUAAGAAAGCUAUGCAUCGGUUUCGUAGCAGGAUGCCUAGGGUCAUGUGUCAACAUACCAUUUGAUGUCGCUAAAAGUCGAAUCCAAGGUCCGCAGCCUAUAAAAGGAGAAAUAAAAUACAGGACAACCACUGGAGCUAUGAUAACGGUGUAUCGAGAAGAAGGAUUCCGCGCAUUAUACAAAGGUCUAGUACCGAAGGUCAUGAGACUGGGUCCUGGAGGAGCCAUAAUGUUGGUUGUAUAUGAAAAAGUAUACCAUUUCUUAGAGACAAAAUUUCUGUAGAGAUAAUAAGUACAAAUAGUAACUUGAUGUUACGUAGAACAAAUAAUCACAUAUAGUGUAACUGGCUCGAUAAGAUUUCUACCGCUCGCAGAGCAAACGUAGGUAUUUAUUCUAUACAAUUAUGUAAUUCCAAAAUCAUACAUGUUUACAUGCGAUCUGUAGUCAUAUAUAUUUUAUUUUGAUAUGUUAUCUUAUUUUAAAACAUGUUUUUAUCUUUACUGUUGUAUGUAUUUUGUUU